GUUUGAACUCAACGACCCUGAGAUCAAGUCACAUGCCCUACCGACUGAGCCGCCCAGGCACCCCUGUUAACUCUUUUUGUGGAUAUUUUUGCAUACAUAAGUGAAUGUCUCCUUGAGCUCAUGGUUGACAGCUCAGAGAACAAAAAAUUUGAGGGAGGAUGGAUGCAAAAGCUCGAAACUGUUUGCUUCAACAUAGAGAAGCCCUGGAAAAGGACAUCAAAACGUCCUACAUCAUGGAUCGUAUGAUUAAUGAUGGAGUUUUAACAGUACUGGAGGAGGAAAAAGUAAAAAAUGAGCCCACUCAACAGCAGCGAGCAGCUCUGUUAAUUAAAAUGAUACUUAAAAAAGAUAAUUAUUCCUACAUAUCAUUCUACAAUGCUUUAAUACAUGAAGGGUAUAAAGAUCUUGCUGCCCUUCUCCAUAGUGGCAUUCCUGUCAUCUCUUCUUCCAAUGGUGGCAAAGAUUCAGUUGGUGGAAUAACUUCAUAUGUAAAGACAGUCCUUUGUGAAGGUGGAGUGCCACAGAGGCCAGUUGUUUUUGUUACCAGGAAGAAGCUGGUGAAUGCAAUUCGGCAGAACCUAUUCACACUAAAUGGUGAACCAGGAUGGGUCGUCAUAUAUGGAAUGGCAGGUUGUGGGAAGUCUGUUUUAGCUGCAGAAGCUGUUCGAGAUCAUUUUUUCUUAGAUGGUUGUUUCCCAGGGGGUGUGCACUGGGUUUCAGUUGGGAAACAAGACAAAUCUGGACUUCUGAUGAAAUUGCAGAAUCUUUGCUCACGGUUGGAUCAAGAUGAGAGUUUCUCUCAGAGGCUUCCACUCAAUAUUGAAGAGGCUAAAGACCGUCUUCGCGUUCUGAUGCUGCGCAAACACCCAAGGUCUCUGUUGAUCCUGGAUGAUGUUUGGGAUCCUUGGGUAUUAAAAGCUUUUGACAAUCAGUGUCAAAUUCUCCUUACAACCAGAGACAAGAGUGUUACAGAUUCAGUAAUGGGUCCUAAAUACGUAGUCUCUGUGGAGAGUGGCUUAGGAAAAGAAAAAGGACUUGAAAUUUUAUCCCUUUUUGUUAAUAUGAAGAAAGCAGAUUUGCCAGAGCAAGCUCACAGUAUUAUAAAAGAAUGUAAAGGUUCUCCUCUUGUAGUGUCUUUAAUUGGUGCACUUUUACGUGAUUUUCCCAACCGUUGGGAUUACUACCUCAGGCAACUUCAGAAUAAGCAAUUUAAGAGAAUAAGGAAAUCUUCAUCCUACGAUUAUGAGGCUCUGGAUGAAGCCAUGUCUAUAAGUGUUGAAAUGCUCAGUGAGGACAUCAAAGAUUAUUACACAGAUCUUUCUAUCCUUCAGAAGGAUGUUAAGGUGCCUACAAAGGUGUUAUGUAUUCUCUGGGACAUGGAAACUGAAGAAGUUGAAGACAUACUGCAGGAGUUUGUUAAUAAGUCUCUCUUAUUCUGUGAUCGGAAUGGAAAAUCAUUUUGUUAUUAUUUACAUGAUCUUCAAGUAGAUUUCCUUAUAGAGAAGAAUCGCAACCAACUUCAGGAUUUACAUAAGAAGAUAAUCACUCAGUUCCAGAAACAUUACCAGCCACAUACUCUUUCACCAGAUCAGGAGGACUGCAUGUAUUGGUACAAUUUUCUGGCCUACCACAUGGCUAGUGCCAAUAUGCACAAAGAACUUUGUACUUUAAUGUUUUCCCUGGAUUGGAUUAAAGCAAAAACUGAACUCGUAGGCCCUGCUCAUCUGAUUCAUGAAUUUGUGGAAUACAGGCAUAUAUUGGAUGAAAAGGAUUGUGCAGUCUGUGAAAAUUUCCAGGAAUUUUUAUCUUUAAAUGGACAUCUUCUUGGACGACAGCCAUUUCCUAAUAUUGUACAGCUGGGUCUCUGUGAACCAGAAACUUCAGAAGUUUAUCAGCAAGCUAAGCUGCAGGCCAAGCAGGAGGUCGAUCAUGGAGUUCUUUACCUGGAGUGGAUAAACAAAAAAAACAUCAAGAAUCUUUCCCGCUUAGUUGUCCGCCCCCAUACAGAUGCUGUUUACCAUGCUUGCUUUUCUGAGGAUGGUCAAAGAAUAGCUUCUUGUGGAGUUGAUAAAACCCUACAGGUGUUCAAAGCUGAAACAGGAGAGAAACUGCUAGAAAUCAAGGCUCAUGAGGAUGAAGUGCUUUGUUGUACAUUCUCUGCAGAUGACAGAUUAAUAGCAACCUGCUCAGUGGAUAAAAAAGUGAAGAUCUGGAAUUCUCUGACGGGGGAACUAGUACAUAUCUAUGAUGAGCACUCAGAGCAAGUCAACUGCUGCCACUUUACCAACAACAGUCAUUACCUUCUCUUAGCCACUGCGUCAAGUGACUGCUUCCUCAAACUCUGGGAUUUGAAUCAAAAAGAAUGUCGAAAUACCAUGUUUGGCCACACCAAUUCAGUCAAUCACUGCAGAUUUUCACCAGAUGAUAAGCUUUUGGCUAGUUGUUCAGCUGAUGGAACAUUAAAGCUUUGGGAUGUGAAAUCAGCAAACGAGAGGAAAAGCAUUAAUGUGAAGCAGUUCUUCCUAAAUUCAGAGGAGCCUCAAGAGGAUAUGGAAGUGAUCGUGAAAUGCUGUUCAUGGUCUGCUGAUGGUGCUAGGAUAAUGGUGGCAGCAAAAAAUAAAAUCUUUCUUUUUGACAUUCAUACCAGUGGCUUAUUGGCAGAAAUUCCUACAGGCCAUCACAGCACCAUCCAGUAUUGUGACUUCUCCCCGCAAAAUCAUUUGGCAGUGGUGGCUUUGUCCCAGUGCUGUGUGGAGUUGUGGAAUAUGGAUUCGUAUUUAAAAGUGGCUGAUUGCAGAGGACAUUUAAGUUGGGUUCAUUGUGUGAUGUUUUCUCCUGAUGGAUCAUCAUUUUUGACAUCUUCUGAUGACCAGACAAUCAGGCUCUGGGAGACAAAAAAAGUAUGUAAGAAUUCUGCUAUUGUGUUAAAGCAAGAAAUAGAUGUUGUGUUUCAAGAAAAUGAAGUGACAGUUCUUGCAGUUGACAAUAUAAAACGUCUGCAGCUCAUUAAUGGAAAAACAGGUCAGAUUGAUUAUCUGACUGAAGCUCAAGUUAGUUGCUGUUGCCUAAGUCCACAUCUUCAGUACAUUGCAUUUGGAGGUGAAGAUGGAGCCAUUGAGAUUUUAGAGCUCCUAAACAACAGAAUCUUCCAAUCCAGGAUUGGGCACAAGAAAACUGUGCGUCACAUCCAGUUCACAGAUGAUGGGAAGACUCUUAUUUCAAGCUCUGAUGAUUCUUCAAUUCAGGUAUGGAAUUGGCAGUCAGAAGAAUAUGUCUUUCUACAAGCCCACCAGGAAACAGUGAAAGACUUUAAGCUCUUGAAAAAUUCAAAACUGCUUUCCUGGUCAUUUGAUGGAACAGUGAAGGUAUGGAGUAUUAUUACUGGAAGAAUAGAAAAAGACUUUGUCUGUCACCAGGAUACAGUACUUUCUUGUGAUAUUUCUCCUGAUGCUACCAAGUUUUCAUCUACAUCUGCUGAUAAGACUGCAAAGAUUUGGAGUUUUGACCUUCUUUCCCCUCUUUGUGAAUUGAGGGGCCACAAAGGCUGUGUGCGCUGCUCUGUCUUCUCUGUGGACAGUACCCUGUUGGCGACUGGAGAUGACAAUGGAGAAAUCCGGAUAUGGAAUGUCUCAAAUGGUGAGCUGCUUCAUUUGUGUGCUCCGAUUUCAGUAGAAGAAGGAGCUGCUACCCACGGAGGCUGGGUGACUGACCUUUGCUUUUCUCCAGAUAGCAAAAUGCUUGUCUCUGCUGGAGGAUAUCUUAAGUGGUGGAAUGUUGUCACUGGGGAGUCCUCACAGACCUUCUACACAAAUGGAACCUAUCUUAAGAAAAUACACGUGUCCCCUGACUUCAAAACAUAUGUGACUGUUGAUAAUCUUGGUAUUUUAUAUAUUUUACAGAUGUUAGAAUAAAGUAGUUAAGGAUUAAUGUAAGUUGAACUUUUUAAUUUUGAAUUGGAAAAAAUUCUAGUGAAACUCUCUGUAUUUCGACUUUUUGUAAAGCUGUGAAUUGUUUUGCAGUUAUUGCAUUCAUUACGAAAGUGUUUGUGGUUGGAUGAAUAAUGUUAAUGUAGCUUUUUCCUAAAUGAACGCACCUUUAAUCUUGUUUUUCAUAAUCAUCAUCAUUAUUGUUAACAGUUUGUCCUUAAGGUGCAAAUGAAAAUGUAAAUACGUACCUUAUUAUACUGUUGGUAAAAUUCUCUCAUGAUGCAUUCAAAUUGGUUGACAUAAUUAAUGAGAAUAAUUUGGAGGAAAUAUGUAUUUUAAUGCUAUUAUUAUGCAGGCUGUGCCUCAGGAUAGCAGACCUGCUUUCUGAACCACAUUUACCCCAAAGGGCAUAUUUCUCCCAGUUACAAUCUUGGGGCUUAUUUGUACCCCUUAAAUUUGCUUUAAAAAUAUUAUGUCUGCCUGCAAUGUUUCUUUUAAUUCACUCAGUAAGUGAGUGUUGGAUUUCAAAAGUUGUUUGAAGCAAAAGUUCUUGUGAAGCAAAAAUUAUACGUGUUGA